CCUCAUCAGUCGUUAAAUACGCUUCGCAGAGUUUCGUUCGUCUUCUCGGACCCCCUCGUUGCUCAUGUGGCGUUUUGUAUGACGAUCUCUCACACCCGGGCUUUCCGAAACCGGAGACCAGUUCAGCAUGCGAGAGGUGAAGCAGCUUUGACCCAGAUCCACGGUGUGAUAGCUGGAUUCGUCGGUACCCCGAGUCCCACCUGAGGCUAGACAGGGACAGGUGACCUGCCCCCGUAGCGGUUUUCGGGUCCGCCGUCGUGCCUGAAGUGUCAGUUAUGUCUCAUGAUAACGGAGGCGAAGCCGAGCCGUGGCUCUACAGCUCCGCCCGGGCGUCUUGCGCGGUGCUGACCCACGUCGUGUGCGCCGUCUUCACGGGUCUAACCGCGGUUCUGUCUCGGCCAGGGACAAGUUUGUUUUCAUGGCACCCCUUCCUCAUGACACUGGCUUUCUCCCUCUUUAUGACCGAGGCCAUUCUCCUCUUCUCCCGCCACGGCUCCCCAGUCAAAAAGUAUCCCCACAAGACCAAAGGACGCAUUCACGGGAUCCUGCAGUGCCUCUGCGUCUCCUGCGCCACCUUGGGCCUGGCAGCCAUCGUCUACAACAAACACCUUCACGGUAAAGCCCACUUCACCUCGUGGCACGGGCUGGUGGGCGUGCUGACGGUGUGUGUUGUGGUGGUGCAGUCUCUGGCUGCACUGCCGUUGCUCUAUCACUCCCUAGUGAAGGGCUGGUCCCUGGCCAAGCUGAAACGCUACCACGCCACCUCUGGACUCAUCACGUACCUGUUAGGUAGUGUGAGCCUUUACCUGGGUCUCUGCUCUGGAUGGUUCACCGCAUCUGUAGGGGACACCAUCUGGUAUCUGGCAGCACUUUGCCCUGUUUUCACUGCCCUGGUUGUAAUGAGCCAAGUGACCAAUGCCUACAUGGCUAAGAAACACUUGCAAUCCUGACGAAAGCCGCAUUCGUCACAUGUCUGGUGCCAUGACUAGAAUUCAAGUAUUGGACCAACAGCGUCUUCUUUUCUAAUGGUUACCACAGAACUUUUUUGGGUUCUUACAAGCUUUAAUAGUGUUCAUUUUGCAAGUUACACGUUACUGCUUUUGCACAACAAUGUUCCUUGACUUUAACUUUUAACCAUUUGAUAAUGAAGCAAUGAAUCUGUUUUUUUACCUUCUUUUGUACACACACAAGUAAUUUAUGUAUGCCAGGUCACUUAUGUUACUGCUGCUGGUUUGAACACUGCAGUCAAUAAAAUGCUAAUUUGAGGUGUAUUUGUACAAAUAAAACAUGUGCAGACAGCAAUAAAAGAGUGUUUUAUUAGUUAAAAUAACAUUGAUAACACAGUUAUAGUCUGCUCCACUCUGGCUGCAUAUACGAAAUGACAGUUCUCUUGCUGGAUCAGCCACUAAGAUCAAAAGUGAACAAAAGUUUAAAAAAAUGUACUUACAAAAAAAUUUGACAGAAUAUAUUUUCCAUCAUAAAUAAAUAAAUUUGGUAAACACUUACAUCAAAAAUAAGGAAACAACUGACAAGAGAACCUAACCCCCAAAAAAGUUAUAAAAAAAUUGAAAUAUCCUCAUCAAAAAAAAAAAAAGCACAUCGGAAUAACUGAGAUACAGGCUAGAAGAGUUUCCCGUUGAGUCAGAAGACUGAAAAUGAGGACACGGGGUCAACGUGUGAUGUACCUUUAUAGAUUCCACAAGUUAAGCAGAUAUGAUCCUCUGUCAAAGUGCCAGUUCUGUCUCCCUUCAAAAUGGGCAAACCAGACCAAAUGUUCCCAAGACAUGCUUGCAUGAACUGGAGGACACUGACCCGAGUCAAGUGAAAGAGAAAAAUUUCGCUGAAGGACAGACACAAGAGGCCAGCAGCAGAUGAGGCGAAGUGUUGGGGAACUCUAGAGCAACAAAACGGACCACACAGGGAUGAAAAUAUGCAAGAUGAACUCCAUAGGGAAUGAUGUGAUGUAUUAUCCAGUGUUCUCAAAGUUAAUAACCUUUGCAUCCAGGCUAUAUAUGUAUAACAAAUGGGAGGGACUGCACCCAAACCCGUUUACCUUGAGGUGUCACCACAAGACAGAAACAGAAAGCUACAGGCCAGAGAACAGCAAAGACAAAACCCCUAAGCACCACCGACCCACACUGACAUUACUGAAUUAAGCUACUUAAACUGCACAGCUUUUCAAAGAGAGUCCUGUGAAGCGCCAUUUGAUGACAGCACUGUUGAAUUGGUAAGGCCAUGUAUAAUCUAAAAACUUGGCUGUUGGUGGUAAUGUCAUUUUAACGCCAUGAC